AUGUUCGGUUUUGCGACGGCGAUUGUUCCCCUGAUAUUCCCGGUUGGUUGGGGCAUUGGAUAUGCCGUGACCACCGGGAUGAAGAAAGUAUGCGAUCAUUUCUUUCCUGGGAAGGAUGGCAAAGAAGAAAACAAUCAGACUGAAGAGGAUGAUCUAUUUUGGACAGGAUUUCCAUCCACUUCCAAAAAACAAACCGACCCGGCUGGGGAGGUUUGUCUUGAAAAGGCUUUGGACGAUGGGACCGCGGACUCCAUCUCGUCCUCUGUACGAGACAGUACAGAGGACGACUGUACUGUCUCUGGACAAACCGACCCGGCUGGGGAGGUUUGUCCAGAGACGAUGGUACACCAUGGGGGUGAGACAACAGUCGCAGAAAAAUCUGACCCGGCUGGGGAAGAUUUGUCUGCGGCUGAUCUCGCAGCCAAAGCUGUGGCUGAAGGAACAGCCACAGCUUUGGUUUCCCUGGUCCCAACCUUAAAGAACAGUCCUCUGAAGGGGACGUUCACAGGGACCCUUGAAAUACAAAGUUCCCCGGAUGGGAACAACAGAGCUGCUCCAUUGCCAAGAAAAACACGUCUAAAUUUGAAGAUUGCUGUUGGAGUCGAGGUUUCCAGUUCCCCUAUUUCAGUAGAUAGCGUUGGCUCGGAUCUCCCAGUUGUAGGGAGGACAGCAUCUGCAGGACCCGGACAAGCUGAGGAGAACUUUUUCAAGUUCUCCGAUGAGCUCCAGAACAGUUGGGUGAACGCUGCUUUCCAGAGCAUCCUGAACCUGAGCGUCACCAAGCGGUGUCUCGCUCAGGAAAGGAUUUUUCUGGAGGCAUCGUCCAUCCCCUGCUGUGGGAGGCUCAUACACUCAGCUGUCCGUCAGCCCGGCAAACAUUUUUGUCAACAAGACCUUUCCCCAGUUCUGAUGGAGCUGACGGAGAAGAAGCUACCGUCAGGUCUGGGAAAGGACUACGACAUAAAAAGUUUGCUGGAGUCUGUUCUGGUCUGGUUGGACUCGUUUGGCGGCGACACAGAUAGACAGUUGUAUGACAACGACUCCUGCUCUAACUGUGGAGCCACUUCCCUCAGGCUCCUGAACAACGGCGCCCUGAUUGCCCUUCCACCAGUAUUAUUUUCAACCAGUAUAUCUAUACUGCUUGAAUACUGGUUGGAUUGGGCAUGCAAACGCCGUUGUUCAGGCUGCGGGUCACCCUGGCAGAAAAAACAUUGCCUGGCCGAUAAUAAGGUCCUGGUGUUUUUUCUGCACAGGUUUACCAGGAAGUACCAAACAAAAGCCACUCAGACCAUAGAGGUGCCUGCAGAAUGUGGGACGGAGACGUACCACCUGUCCUCCGUCAUCUGUGGGUAUCCAAAGCUGACAGAGUUCUACUGCUAUUUAAAUAAGGAAGAACAAACCGUCAAGGCAGAAAACGAGCAUGUCUUCACUGCAGACAGCGACUGCAGUGAAGACAUGUCCAACAACGGUUUCAUUUACAUUUAUGAAAAGAACUGAUGAAACACCAGAGGACAAAAGGCAAAAAGAUUUGACAGGUUUCCUGUUUGCAGGUUUCUCUCCGGGCGCUCCGGCUUCCUGCCACAGUGUGAAAUCUCCACUGAAACGAUCCAGC